AUGGCAAGCAAAAAGCGUGAAAUCCAGCUACAGUCAGUCAUCAAUAGUCAGAACCUGUGGGAUGAGAUGUUGCUGAACAAAGGCUUAACAGUGAUUGAUGUUUACCAAGCCUGGUGUGGACCUUGCAAAGCCGUGCAAGCGUUAUUCAGAAAACUGAAAAAUGAACUGAAUGAAGAUGAGAUUCUUCACUUCGCGGUUGCUGAAGCUGACAGCAUUGUGACUCUGCAGCCAUUUAGAGAUAAAUGUGAGCCUGUGUUCCUCUUUAGUCUUAAUGGUAAAAUUGUUGCAAAGAUUCGGGGUGCAAAUGCACCUCUUAUCAAUAGAAAGGUCAUUGGCUUGAUAGAAGAAGAGAGGAAAGUUAUAGCAGGUGAAAUGGCUCGUUCUCAGUAUGUGGAAAUUCCACUAGUAGAUGAAUCUGAAGAAGAGCUGGGGGAAGGACAGUAUGAAAGUGUUGGGGAACCUUACAAUAUGGCUAUUAUCAAACCUGAUGCUGUACUCAGGAGAAAACAUAUAGAAAUUAAGGAAAAAAUUGUCAAAGAAGGAUUUAUCAUAGAAGCAAAGGACAACAUGUUUCUCCCUGAAGAGCUAGUGAGGGAAUUCUAUAGUCGUAAUGCAGACCAGCCCGACUUUGAAGACUUUGUAUCUUUUGUAACAAGCGGCCUAAGCUGUGUGCUCAUUACAUCUCAAGGAGAAGAAGAGGAGGUUAUCCAGGAAGAAACUCUACCUCAGUCUGAUGCAGAAGAUGAAGAACCAUUUGAGUAUCCGGAAGAGACUCAUGUUAAGUUUGCACCUAUGGUGUCAAAGAAGAAACGGGACAGUUUGCAAGACUACUUGGAACGACAACACAUAUCUGAGUUUUGCGAUGUUGAGGAUGAUGCGUCUAAGGUUUCUCAAUUGAUUGACAUCUUAUUCCCUAAUUUCAAAACCAUGAAAAGCAAGAAUAUACAAAGGACCCUGGCAUUACUGCGACCAGAUGUCUAUGAGGAAAGUAAAGAUAACGUUUUGAACAUUAUUCAGAAUGAAGGGUUCACCAUACUGUUGCAGAGACAAAUGUCAUUAUCAGAGGAAGAAGCCAGAACAGUGUGCAAGAACUAUGAGAACGAAGAGUAUUUUAACAAACUUAUAGCAUUCACGUGCAGCAGUCCAUCUUAUGCCCUUGUUCUAUUGAGGGAAAACAGUGUGGAACAUUGGAAACAGUUAAUGGGACCAAAAACUGUUGAGGAAGCUUAUGCAUCUGAUCCAGAGAGCCUCUGUGUACAGUUUGCCACAGGAAAUUUUCCUAUCAACCAGUUCUAUGGAAGCAGUUCAAAGGUGGCAGCAGAGAAAGAAAUAGAGGAGUUCUUCCCUCCUCAGGCCACACUGGCAUUGAUCAAGCCUCACGUGACUCAAGAACAAAGAUUGGAGAUCCUGAAGGCCAUUAAAGAGGCAGAAUUUGAGUUGACCAUGCUGAAGGAAAUGCACUUGACUCCAGAGCAUGCAAACAAAGUUUAUUUCAAAAUAACAGGAAAAGACUUUUAUAAAAAUGUCUUAGAAGUCUUAUCUUGGGGCAUGUCUGUAAUCAUGGUUCUGACCAAGUGGAAUGCUGUUGCAGAAUGGAGACGAAUGAUGGGUCCAGUAGACCCAGAAGAAGCAAAACUACUCUCCCCAGAUUCCCUCCGAGCCAGAUAUGGAAUAGAUAUUUUGAGAAACGCUGUCCAUGGGGCGUCUAAUGUAUCUGAAGCAGAAACCGCCAUCAAUAAUGUGUUCACAGAGGGAAAUGAGGAGGACGGAGAACACUAG